GAAUUAGGGGUGGGUUAAAGAGAAUGAGGUCUCUUUCCAUCCAGGGAGAUUGUUAGAAUUAAGGAUUUGGCAGGCUGGCGCCUUAGAAUUUAUCUAAUACAACACCUUCAUUUUGCAGAUGGAGAAACUGAGGACCAUAAAGUUUCGAUGAUAUUCCUGAAGUUUCUGCACUGGAAUUCAGGUGUCCUGGCUCACAGGUUGGAACUCCCUCCCCUCAGGAGACCUUAUUUUAUUUCUUUUAGGAAUUAGAAUGUUAUGGCUCAAUGCCAUAGUCCCAGAAAAGGGGAAAGAGAAGAUCCAGCUUCAUCAUCUCAGCAGUGAGGGGUACCUCCAGCUCCGUUUAGCAGUGUGAGGCCUCCCACUGUACAAAAUGGAUUACCAUUUAUAGCAUGGUACAAGAGUGAAAAUGAAAAAGAAUGCCUUUUCCGCAGCUCCACGGAGAUCAUCGCCGGCUACAGAGGGCGCUGUUUCCACCCCUGGUCCAUUUCACCGAGGCCCCACGUGCACCACCUCCGUGACGCGUUUCCGCGUCAUAUGCCUGCGAUGGCUUCUUUUCAUUGGCUCUCAGCGAAAAAGAGAUGGGAGGGGGCGGUGGCGGUACGUUUGGGGAAGGAAAAAAAAAGCCGCUCCAGAAGAAGGGGGGAAAACAACACCCCCCGCAGGUUUCCCUUCCACCCCCGCCCCCCACCCUCCCUUGUCCCUCCCUCCCUCUCUCGGACGGAUGUGUGCCUCUGAGGACGGCGAGACUAGCUUCACUUUCUCCAGAAGCUGGGGCCAGGCAUCUUCACCCAACUAGGUCUCCCGGCGGUGCGGAGCUUAGCUGCGGUCCAGCCACCCCAAGCGCAGGGGAUCCCAGGCCCCCCCCUCUUCCCCCCCGGAGCCAGACGCGGCGGAAUCCGCGUUGGGGAAGCCCUUCCGACUACGGAGUCGGACGGAACCGAAUCCGGGCGGGUGUGAGGGGGUGGGGUAGGGGAAUCCCUGCCACCGGCUUGCUGAAACCUCCCCAGGGAAUCCCUAUUGCAGUCCCUCCGCCCAACUCCUAGACGACCGUGCAGCCGCGGGGCAGGGGGAAGCUGCCCCGACCUGGGAGCCCCCCUCAGAGAGCCUAAAGCCAGGAUCCCCUCACCCCCCAGCCCGGCCUUGAACUUGGAAAGGCUGAGGCGGAGCUGCGGCCACAGAGAGAGGGAGCGAGUCUGCGGGUUUGGAAGGUGCUUUCCUCAGGGCCAAAAUGCCCAAGAAGAAGCCUAUGCCCAUUCAGCUGAACCCGACCCCGGAUGGCUCCACGAUUAACGGGACCAGCUCGGCGGAGACUAACCUUGAAGCACUACAGAAGAAAUUGGAGGAGUUGGAAUUGGAUGAACAACAGCGUAAGCGUCUGGAGGCUUUCCUCACCCAGAAACAGAAAGUGGGCGAGCUGAAGGAUGAUGACUUUGAGAAGAUUAGUGAACUGGGAGCUGGAAAUGGUGGUGUGGUGUUCAAGGUUUCACACAAACCCUCUGGCCUAAUCAUGGCAAGGAAGCUAAUUCACCUGGAGAUAAAGCCAGCAAUUCGGAACCAGAUUAUACGGGAGCUGCAAGUCCUGCAUGAGUGCAACUCCCCAUAUAUUGUAGGGUUUUAUGGGGCCUUUUACAGUGAUGGAGAGAUCAGUAUCUGCAUGGAGCACAUGGAUGGUGGAUCUUUGGAUCAGGUCCUUAAGAAAGCUGGAAGAAUUCCUGAGCAGAUCUUGGGGAAAGUUAGCAUUGCUGUAAUAAAGGGUCUUACAUAUCUGAGAGAGAAGCAUAAGAUAAUGCACAGAGAUGUCAAGCCAUCCAACAUCUUGGUGAACUCACGUGGAGAGAUCAAGCUUUGUGACUUUGGUGUCAGUGGGCAGCUGAUUGAUUCCAUGGCUAACUCUUUCGUGGGGACAAGGUCUUAUAUGUCGCCAGAAAGACUCCAGGGAACUCACUACUCAGUACAGUCGGACAUCUGGAGCAUGGGGCUUUCUUUGGUAGAGAUGGCAAUUGGACGAUAUCCCAUUCCACCACCAGAUUCCAAGGAGCUAGAGCUAAUGUUUGGCUGUCCAAUGGAGGGAGAUGCUGCUGAGACGUCGCCACGACCAAGAACUCCUGGGAGGCCCCUCAGUUCUUAUGGAAUGGAUAGCCGACCACCUAUGGCAAUUUUUGAGCUGCUGGAUUACAUUGUCAAUGAGCCUCCUCCGAAGUUGCCCAGUGGAGUCUUCAGUCUGGAAUUUCAAGAUUUUGUGAAUAAAUGCCUAAUAAAAAAUCCAGCCGAGAGAGCUGAUUUGAAGCAACUUAUGGUUCAUGCCUUUAUCAAGAGGUCUGACGCCGAGGAAGUUGAUUUUGCAGGCUGGCUCUGCUCCACCAUAGGCCUUAACCAGCCCAGCACACCAACUCAUGCUGCUGGCAUCUGAAGUGUUUAUUUGGGAAGCUGGAGAAAGGCAGCUCCCUCACCCUAUUGUGCAAAAUGAUACUACCUUAGAUCCUAUUUCUUAUGCUUGUCUCUGUUCAGAUGUGCAUUUUACCCUGUGAAGAAGGAUGAAGAACAUAGCAUGUGCCAAAUUCUGUUCCUAUUUUGUUAAUUAUGAUUACUCUCUUGAGUGAAUUGGCUUUUCCUUGGGGGCUUCUUAUUUGUGUUAACCCCCCAAAAGUGUGUGAUAUUGAGUUAGUGAAACUUUUUGUCUACAGUGGAUAUUCUUUUGCACCGCUGCUUUCUUUCAGCCUUGGCUGGCUGGCCUUGUGAUUUUGGGGGGAGGGAGGGGGAGUGGGCAAGGGGGAAUCUUUUGACACUUGGUGGUACUUCAUUCUCGCUGGGCUUUACCUCUUCCUAAACGUGGGGGGAGGAGCCUUGCAAUGUCCUUCACAAGCAGUGCAUGGGAAGCAUGCUUUUGCUGCUAUGAAAACAAGCAUUAGAAAGUGGAUGUCUUGGUGUUGUAAUUUUUUUUGCUUUCUGUGUAGAAUCCAGCUGUUUUCACCUAAAUCAAGUCAGAGCCCCGCACUGCCAUAAUAGCCAGGGCUUCAUCAGUCUACUGUGAGGACUUAGAGACUUGUGGCUAUAUUUCUAUAUUUAUUUUAAAAAUACUCUCUAUGGGAUAUUCAGAGUUGUUUGGUGGUGUAUGUCUCUUAUCUUUUGACUGGUAUUUCUAAAAUAGUGGGGGGGGGGGUGGAUGUCACCAAUGGAUCAGGUCAUUAAAGUUCAUCAGAUUUCACUUCCUCCUAAUCCAAUUACAAAAUAUCGUAAGACAACUGUGUGUGUAUAGUGCCUAAAAAAUUGUAUGGAGAUCCUUUUAACCAUUUUAUUUUCAAACAUUUAACAAAUCUAAUCUCUCAUCUAAUAAAUGUAUCAUCAAGUUUAAAAGAAA